UGGACACGCGGUAGCCACAUGGCAAGCUCGGCGAGGGGAGCAGAGGAGGAGGUGUUUGAGACGCCCGAUGUUGGGGAGGACGGGUUAGAGCAGCACUCGGAAGGUGAAAUACCGAACCCAACCCUGUCGAAGACCGGCAACAAGGUGCCGGAUGCCGAGGUGGUGGAAUCCUUCGUGCCUCCCCAGGCAGCCUUCGAGGUGUUCAUGGGCAGGACCUACGCCGGCGCCCGAGAGGACAUGUCGGACGUCGUGGGAGCCGCCGCCUCAUCUUCUUCCUCCGCAGGAGGCGCCGUCUACGAGGGGGAGGGUUACCACCGUCCCCUGGCCGGGGCACCGCCUCCUGGAGAAGGUGGUGGCGAGGUGGAGACGGCGGCUGGCGUGAGAGGGGGGGGGGGGUCGGGGCCGAGGAGGAGGACCGGCGAGAGCCCCUUGCAGCGACUGGUGAGGCUGAGGGAGGAGACGGCCAUGCUGGCGGAAGACCUAGAGGAGAUGUCGAAGGCGAGGAGGACAGAUAGAGCCGGAGACGCCGAAGGGGCACAAGAGAGUGAGGGUGGGGCGGCGGCGGGGGGGUACUCGUUGUGGUCGGCCAUGGCCAAGGAGACCGAGGCGCUCAAGAGACAGCUUGCGCUCCUGUCGGGGGACCCAAGGUUCAAGCACAUCAUCUCGUCGACCCCGGCGACGGGCCGGGAUCAAGACGUGCUGCAGCAACGUCUAUCGGAGGGGGUGGUGAGGGCGCUGGAGAACCUCCGAGAGCCGGCCGGCGAUCCCGCGGCCGAAGCAGCAACAGCACCGCAAACAGCAGCAGCUAGAGGCGGCAACGGUUCGGUGACGUACGAACUGUUCCUCAACGACGCUUCGGAGGCUAGAAGGCGUUUCGGCCCCGCGGGGGGCGGGGGUGGCGAAGGAGGCGGAAUCCCCAGCGCGGAGGCCCGCAUCGCCGCGCUCGAGAAGGCCCUGGGGGGCGGAGGGGAAGGGGCGGCAGGGGUCGUCGACGCUGGAAAGGCCGGGGAGGUUGCGGGCCCUCUCGCCGAGGUAGUGGCAUCUCUCGAGAAGCGCGUGUCCGUCCUCGAGCCCGGCCGUCUGGACGUGCUGAGGCAGAAGGCGCAGCUCGCCAAGUCGGAGCUGGACGCCCUGGCCAAGUCUCGCUCUGCUCCCGCGUCGGGAUCGGCUUCUUCUUCGUCAUCUGCUCGUGGCAAGAAGGUGGAAGAGGCGUUCGCCACCCUCGAGAACUGGCAGGGGAUAGCCGCCGGCCUCCCCGCCCUGGUGGAUCGCCUCCAAGCUCUGGAAACUCUGCACCUGGCCAGCGCGUCCUUCGCCCAGCGGCUGGAACAGGUGGAGACCGGACAGACCGAGCUGGAGGGGGUCUUGAAGUGCACCAACGAAGGGCUCCUGGACACCCGAAAGAGCUCUGCGGAGAACGUGUCCAUCGUGAACGAAAACGUGAAGUUGGAAGAUGGGAUUGGUGGCUUGCAUGCGAUCAGCGGAAACAUUUUCGUUUAG